UUCCCAGAGUUAGCACAAUCUCAUCCGCUCUAAAUAACUUCAUCAAAACUUCUUUCUGGUCAGAGUGAAGCAAUAAUUAUUAUUGACUAUUAUUAGUGAUCAAUAAGCUAGAUCACAUUAUGGCGAGCACAAUUAAGGAAGCACUAUCAGUUGUGAGUGAAGAUCAGUCUUUAUUUGAGUGUGCCUACGGAACUCCCCACCUUGCUAAAACAGAGAUGACAGCCUCCUCUUCUAGUGAAUAUGGGCAAACAUCAAAGAUGAGUCCACGUGUUCCCCAGCAGGACUGGUUAUCACAGCCUCCAACCAGAGUCACAAUAAAAAUGGAGUGCAAUCCAAAUCAAGUUAAUGGCUCAAGGAAUUCCCCUGACAAUUGCAGUGUAUCAAAAGGAGGAAAGAUAGCAAGCAACUCAGAGAAUGCUGGCAUGUCUUACGGAAACUAUAUGGAAGAAAAGCAUAUCCCACCACCAAAUAUGACCACCAAUGAACGGAGAGUUAUUGUUCCAGCAGAUCCCACACUAUGGAGCACAGAUCAUGUACGCCAGUGGUUGGAAUGGGCUGUCAAAGAAUAUGGCCUUCCAGAUGUGGACAUCUUGUUGUUUCAGAAUAUUGAUGGGAAGGAGCUGUGUAAGAUGACCAAAGAUGACUUCCAGAGGCUCACACCAAGCUAUAAUGCUGACAUUCUUCUCUCACACCUACACUACCUCAGAGAGACUCCUCUUCCACAUUUGACUUCAGAUGAUGUUGAUAAGGCCUUACAAAACUCUCCACGGUUAAUGCAUGCUAGAAAUACAGGGGGAGCAGCUUUUAUUUUCCCAAAUACGUCAGUAUAUCCUGAAGCAACACAAAGAAUUACUACUAGGCCAGAUAUACCUUAUGAACCAGCCAGAAGAUCAGCAUGGACAAGCCACAGUCAUCCUUCUCCCCAGUCAAAAUCUUCCCAAGGAUCAUCUUCAACUGUGCCCAAAACAGAAGACCAACGUCCUCAAUUAGAUCCCUAUCAAAUUCUUGGCCCAACCAGCAGCCGUCUUGCAAAUCCAGGGAGUGGGCAGAUACAGCUGUGGCAGUUCCUGCUGGAGCUCCUGUCGGAUAGCAGCAAUUCUAAUUGUAUCACCUGGGAGGGCACCAAUGGAGAGUUCAAAAUGACUGACCCUGAUGAAGUAGCCCGGCGCUGGGGGGAAAGGAAAAGCAAACCUAACAUGAACUAUGACAAGCUCAGUCGUGCACUCCGUUACUACUAUGACAAAAAUAUAAUGACUAAAGUGCAUGGUAAGCGUUAUGCCUACAAGUUUGACUUCCAUGGGAUUGCUCAAGCUCUCCAGCCUCAUCCUCCAGAAUCAUCCAUGUAUAAAUAUCCAUCAGACCUGCCCUACAUGAGUUCUUACCAUGCACAUCCCCAGAAAAUGAACUUUGUUGCCCCUCAUCCUCCUGCUUUGCCAGUCACUUCCUCUAACUUUUUUGCCGGACCCACACCAUAUUGGAAUUCUCCAUCUGGAAGUAUUUAUCCUAACACUAGACUUCCAGCCACUCAUAUGCCUUCUCAUCUCGGCACUUAUUACUAAAAGAAGAGAAAUAAUGUUAAGCCGCAUUCCUCCGUGGAGUAGAAUGAAUACUAAUUAAUGUUAAUGGAGAACAUGGAAAAAAAGUGCCUAAAAGACAUGAAAAGGUUGACCAGGACUAAAAGAUGUCAUACAAAUAUGCUUUUUAAUACAGGAUUACAGGAGAUGCUAAAGUGCAUUGACAUCAAAUCUACAGAUCGAACAAUGAAAUGUCAUUCUUGGUAAAACUAGGCAAUGAUAUGAUGAACUUUAAAACAGGGGUUGGAAAGGUUUAUAAGCUUUUAUGUCAUUUUUGAUAUCACGCUAAUGCAGUCUGGGACUCUACUACAGCAAUAUAAGAAAAUUCUAUUAUUAAUUAGGAUAAAGUACAUGAAUAUAUGAAUGCAAAAAAAAAAAACUACCUGUAUUUUUUUAAGUGAACAUAAAGUCACUUAGCAGUGUCAUAAAGAUGUAUCUAGAGCAAGACCUGAUUUUGAGGGCAAUGGUUUUAGUUGGGAUGAACUUCAGUGCAUUCUGUUUUCAAGAGGGAGGGAUCAGCUACUUCAAACUGUGAAGACUAUGCAAGCUAAGAUUUCCUGACAGUGUUAAAGAGCUCUGAGCCAAAUACUGGGACUGAGAAUGUGCUAAAAGGCAAGAGUAUGAUGAGAGACUAAGGACACAGCCCAUCAGGAAGUCCUCCUCUGCAAGCCCAUUGAAAAGAAUGGGAGUUGCACAGAAGUAUUCCUGUAACCCUGUGUCUGACCUAUGAAGUGGAAAGGGGUAAGAGAAGGAGAGAUUGAUCAGUAGUAAAGGAGAAGACAGAGAGAUGUUGAAACUGAAACUGGACAGUAUUUGAACUAUGAAAAAUUGCUUGUUUGGACUUGCAAAAUACUAUGUUGAGUGUUGUGCCAUUUCCAGUAUUAUGAAAGAAAAGACUUGAAGUCCAAAAAGGGAAAGUAGUUGUAUCAGAGAACACAUCUCUAUACCUAAAAUGUAAAACUGGAAUUGUCUGAUAUUUAAAAGUAACGCUUAGGACCUCAUUUUUUUAAAGGGAAUUUGUUUUCUACUAGCUGAUGGUAAGAGACAAUCCCCAGUUGCCAAAGUCUGGAAUCAUAUAGAUAUUUUUCUUAGGCAGCGCCAGUUUUUCUUUUCUGAGUCGCGAACGCUGUGCGUUUGUCAGAAUGAAAUAUACAAGUCAACAUUAUUUUUUUUUCCUUUUUAUAUGGUAAUUAUAUAACUUAUGCAUUUAUACACUACGAGUUGAUCUCGGUCAACCAAAGACACAUAAAGGGACAAUCCAAAAUAUUGUGGCCUUGAAUUUUAACUCUGUAUGCUUCAUGUUUACAUUAUGAAUUUAAUUAGUACUUAGAAAGCAGAAUGUAUGUAAUAAAAUAAGCUUGGCCUCGCAUGGCAAUUCAGAUUGACAUUUUAGUCUGUACCUUCAUUUUGUGACUUUGAUACCAACUAUGUUUUGUUCCAGCCAUAUGUUUUUUUAAAUGGACUUCAGAAAGUUUUGUUAACUUAUAUAUGUGGGUAAUCUUCAGAAGCUGAACACAAUAGCUCACAUAAUAGCACAUACAAGAGGGCAAGGCAGAUAAAAUUCACAUUAAUUGUUCAUUCACUUCUGCACAAUUCAAUACUUGUAGUCAAUGCAAUUUGGCAGACCAUUUGAGAAUGACUACCAAGCCAAAGGGCUAGAUCAUCAGUGGUAUGGGUGUCUAAUCUACUCUUGUUACUAAUUUUAAGCCUAAAAAUACACCUAGUCCUAGAAUAUGUGUUCAUAUCUAGAUUUAAGAUAAUGCUGUAAGCAUCCUAAAGAAAAGCUUCUGCUAGUUAUAUCAGAAAAAAAACUCUAAUGAUUUCAGUGAAAUGUAUGGUAAACUUUAAAAAUGGACAGAGCACUAAUUAAUGUGGAUGCAAUCCUGGAAGCCACUAAAGAUUUUCUAUGUGUGAAACUAAAUGAUACAGAAACAUAUGGCUGCCAAUAAACACAGCAGACUUCCCAUCUCCUCCUCCUCCUUUAGUAACAUCUUGUAAAGAAACAUAUGUAGUGUGAUGUCAUUGUUCUCCAAGUUUUCCCCACUCAAUCUCAUUCAGUGCUGCUUGCUGGAGCAGCAAAAUGUUCAGUGAUGUCAUACACUGUGAUGUCAUACAGUGAUGUCAUACACUAAAAUCAGUUGUUACUAGGGGAAUGAAGAACAAGAGACUUAAGUUCUCCUUGAGAUCCACCAGGCAUGUCUUAUUCAUUUGUCCCAUUUCUGCCCUAAAAGCUACAAUUAAAGUCAUUUUUAAUUACA